GUUUUCCUGGAAGGUGCUCACUGAACUUUUGGGUCUUCAUCAGGUCAGCUUCGCCGGUCCCAGGUGCCAGGGACCCUUCCUCGGAGCCCUCGGACCCCGAACCCCCGCCGAGGAACCACCUGCGGCCACCAUGGAUCGGGCUACCGAGCUGCUCUUCUACGUGAACGGCCGCAAGGUGAUAGAAAAAGAUGUGGAUCCUGAGACAAUGCUGUUACCAUAUCUGAGGAAGAAGCUUCGGCUCACAGGAACGAAGUAUGGCUGUGGAGGGGGAGGCUGCGGUGCCUGCACAGUGAUGGUAUCACGAUAUAACCCCAUUACCAAGAAGAUAAGACAUUAUCCAGCCAACGCCUGUAUGAUGCCCAUCUGUUCUGUGUAUGGUGCUGCCAUCACAACAGUAGAAGGCAUAGGCAGCACCAAGACCAGGAUUCAUCCUGUUCAGGAGAGGAUCGCCAAGUGUCACGGCACACAGUGUGGGUUCUGCACCCCGGGGAUGGUGAUGUCCAUGUACACGCUGCUCAGGAACCACCCACAUCCCACGCUGGAUCAGUUAACUGAUGCCCUUGGUGGGAACCUGUGCCGUUGCACUGGAUACAGGCCCAUUAUCGAAGCGUGCAAGACUUUCUGUAAUACUUCUGGCUGCUGUCAAAGUAAAGAAAAUGGGUUUUGCUGUUUGAAUCAAGGCCUAAAUGGAUUACCAGAAUUUGAGGAAGAAAAUAAGGCAAGUCUAAAACUUUUCUCAGAAGAGGAGUUUCUGCCAUUGGAUCCAACUCAGGAAUUGAUUUUUCCUCCCGAGUUAAUGAUAAUGGCUGAGAAACAACCACCAAGAACCCGGAUUUUUGGUGGUGAUAGGAUGACAUGGAUUUCCCCAGUGACCCUGAAGGAACUUCUAGAAGCUAAAGUCAAGUACCCUCAGGCCCCUGUCAUCAUGGGGAACACCUCUACCGGGCCUAAAGUGAAAUUUAAAGGCGUUUUUCACCCAGUUAUAAUUUCUCCUGAUAGAAUUGAAGAACUGAAUGUUGUAAACUAUGCACAUAAUGGGCUAAUCUUAGGUGCCGGCCUCAGCCUGGCUCAGGUGAAGGACGUCCUGACUGAUGCGAUCCUGAAGCUCCCAGAGGAGAGGACGCAAACAUGCCGCGCUCUCUUGAAGCAUUUGGGAACCCUGGCUGGAUCCCAAAUCAGGAACAUGGCUUCUUUAGGGGGUCACAUCGUGAGCAGGCACCUGGACUCAGACCUAAAUCCGCUCCUGGCUGUAGGAAACUGUACCCUCAACUUGCUGUCAAAAGAAGGAAAACGGCAGAUUUCUUUAGAUGAGCAGUUUCUUGGAAAGUGCCCCAGUGCAGACCUUAGGCCUGAAGAGAUCUUGAUCUCGGUCAACAUCCCCUUCUCGAGGAAGUGGGAAUUCGUGUCAGCCUUCCGACAAGCCCAGCGGCAACAGAAUGCGCUCGCCAUAGUUAAUUCAGGAAUGAGAGUCUUUUUUGGAGAAGGGGAUGGCAUCAUUAGAGACUUAUCCAUCUCGUAUGGAGGUGUUGGUCCAACCACUGUCUGUGCAAAGAAUUCCUGCCAGAAACUCAUCGGAAGGCCCUGGAAUGAAGAGAUGCUGGACGCGGCUUGCAGGCUGCUUCUGGACGAAGUCUCCCUCCCAGGCUCAGCUCCGGGUGGGAAGGUGGAGUUCAAGAGGACUCUCAUCAUCAGCUUCCUCUUCAAGUUCUACCUGGAAGUGUCACAGAUUUUAAAGAGGAUGGACCCUGUUCACUAUCCUAGCCUUGCAGACAAGUAUGAGAGCGCUUUAGAAGACCUUCAUUCUAGGCAUCACAGGAGCACACUGAAGUACCAGAAUGUAGACCCAAAACAGCUUCUUCAAGACCCAGUUGGCCAUCCCAUCAUGCACCUGUCCGGUGUUAAGCAUGCCACGGGUGAAGCCAUAUACUGUGACGACAUGCCUGCGGUGGACAGGGAACUUUUCCUGGCUUUUGUAACAAGUUCCAGAGCUCAUGCUAAAAUAGUGUCUAUGGAUCUGUCGGAAGCUCUCAGCCUGCCGGGCGUGGUGGACAUCGUGACUGAGGAACAUCUUCAAGGCGUCAACUCCUUCUGCUUCUUGACCAAACCUGAGAAACUUCUAGAGUCCAAUGUGGUAUUUUGCGUGGGUCAGCUCAUCUGUGCUGUGAUUGCAGAGUCUGAGGUUCAGGCAAGGAGAGCUGCAAAGCGAGUGAAGAUUGUCUACCAAGAUCUGGAGCCAGUGAUCCUGACCAUUGAGGAAGCUAUACAGCACAAGUCCUUCUUUGAGCCAGAAAGGAAACUGGAAUAUGGAAAUGUUGAUGAAGCAUUUAAAGUGGUUGACCAAAUUGUUGAAGGUGAAAUACGUCUGGGAGGUCAAGAACAUUUUUAUAUGGAAACCCAAAGCAUGCUUGCUGUUCCCAAAGGAGAGGAUCAAGAAAUGGAUGUCUACGUGUCCACACAGUAUCCUAGAGGCAUACAGGACAUAGUUGCUUCAGUCUUGAAGCUCCCAGCUAACAAAAUCAUGUGUCAUGUAAAGCGUGUUGGCGGCGCAUUUGGGGGGAAGGCGUUUAAAACUGGCGUCCUAGCAGCUAUCACCGCAUUUGCAGCAAACAAACAUGGCCGUGCAGUCCGCUGCGUUCUGGAACGAGGAGAAGACAUGUUAAUAACUGCAGGCCGCCACCCUUACCUUGGAAAGUACAAAGCUGGAUUCAUGAACGACGGCAGAAUCUUGGCCCUGGAUAUGGAACAUUAUAGCAAUGGAGGCUUCUCCCUGGAUGAGUCAUUACUUGUGAUAGAACAGGGGCUCCUGAAAAUGGAUAACGCCUACAAGUUUCCCAACCUGCGCUGCCGAGGGCGGGCGUGCAGAACCAGCCUCCCAUCCAGCACGGCGUUGCGUGGCUUCGGCUUCCCUCAGGCAGGGCUGAUCACCGAGUCCUGCAUCAUGGAAGUGGCAGCCAAAUGUGGGCUGCCCCCUGAGGAGGUCCGAAUGAUAAACAUGUACAAGGAAAUUGAUCAGACACCCUACAAACAAGAGAUUAAUGCCAAGAACCUGAUCCGGUGCUGGAAAGAAUGUAUGACCAUGUCUUCCUACUCCCUGAGGAAAGCAGCUGUGGAAAAAUUCAACUCAGAGAAUUACUGGAAGAAGAAGGGGCUGGCCAUGGUCCCCCUGAAGUAUCCUGUUGGCCUUGGCUCACGAGCUGCUGGUCAGGCUGCUGCCCUGGUUCACAUUUAUCUAGAUGGGUCUGUGCUGGUGACUCAUGGUGGAAUCGAAAUGGGGCAGGGGGUCCACACCAAAAUGAUUCAGGUGGCCAGUCACGAAUUAAGGAUGCCCCUGUCUAAUAUCCACCUGCGUGGAACAAGCACAGAAACCGUCCCUAAUACGAACGUCUCCGGAGGUUCUGUGGUGGCAGAUCUCAAUGGGCUGGCAGUGAAGGAUGCUUGUCAAACUCUCCUGAAGCGCCUGGAACCCAUUAUCAGCAAGAAUCCUCGAGGCUCCUGGAAGGACUGGGCGCAGGCUGCUUUCGAUGCAAGCAUCAGUCUCUCAGCUACCGGAUACUUCAGGGGGUACGAGUCGAACAUGAACUGGGAGACAGGCGAAGGCGAUAUUUUUGAGUACUUCGUUUUUGGAGCCGCCUGCUCCGAGGUUGAGAUAGACUGCCUCACAGGUGCUCACAAGAACAUCAGAACAGACAUUGUCAUGGAUGUCGGCUGCAGCAUAAAUCCAGCCGUUGACCUAGGCCAGAUUGAAGGUGCAUUCAUUCAAGGCAUGGGACUUUAUACAAUCGAGGAACUGAAUUAUUCUCCUCAGGGUGUCCUGUACACCCGUGGUCCAGACCAGUACAAAAUCCCCACCAUCCGCGACGUCCCCACAGAGUUCCACGUCUCUUUCCUGCCUCCAUCGCAAAGCUCGAACACUCUGUAUUCAUCGAAGGGUCUGGGAGAGUCCGGCAUAUUCCUGGGGUGCUCGGUGUUCUUCGCCAUCCGCGACGCGGUGAACGCAGCGCGACGGGAGAGAGGCCUGUGUGGACCAUUGACGCUCAAUAGUCCACUGACCCCAGAGAAGAUCAGAAUGGCCUGUGAAGAUAAGUUCACAAAAAUGAUUCCAAGAGAUAAACCCGGAUCUUAUGUUCCUUGGAAUAUAUCCAUAUGAAUCAAGUACAAGCUUCUGGAGAAAAUUGGGUGACUCUUUCAAUAUAGCAAUCUAUCCAAUUUCUAUGCUGUAAGAUGCUUGGUCUGAAAGACAAAUUUUCACAGUUCAGAAAUCGUUUCACAGAGUAUUGCUUUCAUAUGAUGCUGAUUUUAAACGUUCCAUUUAGAUUUUGAUAGAUAUGCUUAAGCAAUUUAGAAAUCAUAUUUUAAAUGGUAUAAACACUAACUGGUUUCCUAUUCCCCAUUACUCUGUCCCUUAAACCUAUCUUGCUGAAUGGAAUAGAAGAUGAUGACUUGUACAUGAUUUGUAUUUGGCUUUUAUCAACCAACAGAAAUUAUGCUGUCUAGGGAAAGGCAAUUUUCUAAAUGAUUUUAUUAGUAGUAUGAACUGUAAAGGAUAUUCACUUUUU